CAAAAUUUUCAUUUUUGGGUGAACUAACCCUUUAAUAGGCUACAUUUGUUUAAAAUAAUUAGAUAAAAUAAAUGAAAAUGUCUAAUGUACAUCUUACAGUUCAGUGAAUAGGAAAAAUACACAAUGAUGUAGCUUAAUAUAAUAGAAACAGAAUAUUUUACACAUUUAUAAUAUUGUAGGCCUAUUAAUUGGGUCUAUAUACAUAAAUAUAGUUGGCUGCCUAUAAACAUUUAGGAUGGGGGUCCAUGCAUUUAAAAGAUUGAAAACCCCAUGGCUUAUAUCAUAUCUAUGCUAGUUUUACUGAUAAAUUCAGCUCAUAUUGUGUAGCUUCACACUGUUCGAUCAUUCAAUGGCUUGAUCAAUGUUUCUGAUUGAUAGGCUAAUUGGUCGCGGGCUUUAGGACCCGGAUGCUCGGUUAGUCCAGACACCGGUUGAUGAUCCGCUCGCGACUCACUCAUUCAGUGUCUUUUAUCAAAGAACAAUAAAACGCACGCCUCAACCGGACACGUUACACACGUUUAUGCUCUUGCGUUAACAUCAGUUCUCACACUCCCGGGCUGAUCACUGCGGACCGGCGCACAUCUGCAUCACCGGCGAAUUCCUCCAGCGGGAGCCGGUGAAGAGAGCGAAGCCGCCUUCAUUCAUUCCCCGUCAGUCCGCUUCAGGCCACCGGCGACAGCAUGAGCCAGAGGUUCACGGUGACUGCCGGUGACAUCCAGGGGGAAGUGAACCAGCUGUUCGAGGGCGACGAGGCGACACCGAGCGCGUCCGACGCCGCGGCUGCUGAAGGCUCCGGGAGAGGAGAUGGGAACCCCAAGGAGAGCAGUCCAUUCAUCAACAGCACCGACCCAGAGAAGAACCAGCAGUAUGACGGCAAGAACAUGGCCCUGUUUGAGGAGGAGAUGGACACAAUUCCCAUGGUAUCGUCUCUUCUCAGCAGUCUCGCCAACUACUCAAACCUGCCGCAGGGCAGCAAAGAACACGAGGAGGCGGAAAACAACGAGGGCUCACGCAAGAAACCUGUCCAGGCUCCACGGAUGGGAACGCUCAUGGGCGUCUACCUGCCCUGCCUGCAGAACAUCCUGGGCGUGAUUCUGUUUCUCAGGAUGACCUGGAUGGUUGGCAUCGGCGGGGUCAUUGAAGCCUUCAUCAUCGUCCUCAUGUGCUGCUCCACGACGAUGCUCACGGCCAUCUCCAUGAGUGCCAUCGCCACAAACGGCGUAGUGCCAGCUGGAGGCUCCUAUUACAUGAUCUCUCGUUCUCUGGGCCCUGAGUUUGGAGGAGCUGUAGGCAUCUGCUUCUACUUGGGCACCACCUAUGCUGGAGCCAUGUACAUCCUGGGCUGCAUCGAGAUCCUGCUGGUGUACAUUGUACCACAAGCGGCCAUUUUUAAGAUGGAGGGUCUGGAGGGAGCCGAGGCCGAAUCCGCCAUGCUGAACAACAUGCGUAUUUACGGCACGCUAGUGCUGAGCUUCAUGGCCAUCGUGGUGUUUGUAGGAGUGAAGUACGUGAACAAGCUGGCGCUCCUCUUCCUCGCCUGCGUCAUCUGUUCGAUCCUCGCCGUCUACGCUGGAGUGAUCAAGACCGCCUUCGAGCCUCCAAUCUUCCCAGUGUGUGUGCUGGGAAACCGGACUCUGGUUUGGAAAGGUUUCGAUGUGUGUGCGAAGGUCAUCGAGAGAGAAAACGCCACGGUCACCACCGAACUCUGGCGGCUCUUCUGCGACUCUGAGUUCCUGAACGCAACCUGCGACAGCUAUUUCGCCAAUAACAACGUCACAGAAAUACAAGGCAUCCCAGGUGUUAUGAGUGGCACCCUGCGCGAGAACCUCUUUGGGAAUUAUAUGGAAAAGGGUUCAUUCAUUGAGAAGUUGGGAAUAAGCGCUGUGGAGGAACCUGACUCCAUCCCGACCAACACUAACCGCUACGUGCUCGCCGACAUCACCAGUUUCUUUACCAUGCUGGUGGGCAUCUACUUCCCCUCCGUGACCGGAAUCAUGGCUGGGUCAAACCGAUCCGGUGAUUUGCGGGAUGCCCAGAAGUCCAUUCCCGUCGGCACCAUCCUGGCCAUCACCACCACUUCCAUCAUCUACAUGUCCAGCGUGUUGCUGUUUGGUGCCUGCAUCGAGGGAACGGUGCUGAGGGAUAAGUUUGGUGAGGCCGUCAGGGGUAAUCUGGUGAUCGGGACGCUGGCGUGGCCGUCGCCCUGGGUCAUCGUCUUCGGUUCCUUCUUCUCCACCUGCGGUGCGGGGCUUCAGAGCUUGACCGGCGCUCCUCGUCUCCUACAGGCCAUCGCACGAGACGGCAUAGUGCCGUUCCUCAGGGUGUUUGGCCAUGGAAAAGCAAAUGGGGAGCCCACCUGGGCAUUGCUCCUGACCGCUUGUAUCUGUGAGAGCGGAAUCCUCAUCGCUUCUCUGGAUAACGUCGCUCCGAUUCUCUCCAUGUUUUUCCUCAUGUGCUACAUGUUUGUGAAUUUGGCCUGUGCCGUUCAAACUCUACUCAGAACGCCCAACUGGAGACCACGAUUCAAGUUCUACCACUGGACUCUAUCCUUCCUUGGCAUGAGUCUUUGUCUCUCGCUCAUGUUCAUCUGUUCCUGGUACUAUGCCAUCGUUGCCAUGGUGAUCGCCGGCUGUAUCUACAAGUAUAUCGAGUUCCGAGGGGCGGAAAAGGAAUGGGGUGAUGGAAUAAGAGGUCUGUCGCUCAGUGCGGCCCGCUUCGCCCUGAUGAGGUUGGAAGAGGGACCACCACACACCAAGAACUGGAGACCUCAGAUAUUAGUCCUGGUCAGCAUGGACUCUGAACUGAAUGUGGAGCAGCCGCGUCUGCUGUCUCUGACCAGUCAGCUGAAGGCUGGGAAGGGUCUGACCAUCGUGGGCGCAGCGCUGGAGGGAACUUACCUGGAGAACCUUCCUCAGGGGCAGCAGGCCGAACAGUCUCUGAGGAAGCUGAUGGAGACGGAGAAGGUGAAGGGUUUCUGUCAGGUUGUCAUCUCCUCCAACAUGAGGGACGCCACAUCACACUUGGUCCAGGCCGGAGGGUUAGGUGGUCUUCAACACAACACCGUUCUGGCCAGCUGGCCACGCAACUGGAAACAGGCCGAGGAUCAUCAGAGCUGGAGAAACUUCAUCGAGCUGGUAAGAGAAACCACCGCUGCCAGUAAAGCCCUGCUGGUGCCCAAGAACAUCUCGGCCUUCCCAUCGAACGGAGAACGCUUCACAGAGGGUCACAUUGACGUCUGGUGGAUCGUACAUGAUGGAGGCAUGCUGAUGCUGCUCCCGUUCCUCCUCCGCCAGCACAAGGUUUGGAGGAAAUGCAAGAUGCGCAUCUUCACUGUGGCCCAGAUGGACGACAACAGCAUCCAGAUGAAGAAGGACCUGACGACCUUCCUGUAUCACCUGCGCAUAGACGCCGCAGUGGAAGUGGUGGAGAUGCAUGACAGUGAUAUCUCAGCGUACACGUAUGAGAAGACCCUGGUGAUGGAGCAGCGAUCUCAGAUCCUGAAGCAGAUCAACCUCACCAAGACUGAGCGUGAACGCGAGAUCCAGAGCAUCACUGACAGCUCUCGUGGUUCGAUCCGUCGCAAGAACCCGGCCACGGUCACAACCCAGCUGAGUGUGACUGAGGAACCUGCGGCCAGCAGCAAAGAGGAGAAACCAGAAGAGGAGUCUGUCCCUGUGUCCCCAUCCCAACAGGAACAGCUCAUUCAUGACAAGAGUACCAACCCGCCCACCCCGGCAACGCCCCAGUCCCCCACCGCAGAGGCCGAGACGCCCGGCACGGCCGUUCAGAUGACAUGGACUGAAGCCAAGUGUGAUGGAGAGCAGGCCAAACCUAUAGGAGCCACCACACCAGAGGCCAUCAAAGACUUCUUCAACAUGAAACCAGAGUGGGAAAAUCUAAACCAGUCCAACGUGAGGCGCAUGCACACCGCACUCAGACUCAAUGAAGUCAUCAUUAAGAAAUCCCAGGAGGCCAAACUAGUCCUGCUCAACAUGCCCGGACCACCAAAAAACAGAAGCGGCGACGAGAACUACAUGGAAUUCAUGGAGGUUUUAACCGAAGGUCUCAACCGGGUCCUCCUUGUGCGUGGUGGAGGUCGCGAGGUCAUCACCAUCUACUCUUAAGAAACUCGUCAACGUCACUCCAUCCCAUUUGCCCCCCUUCCCCAGUGUCACCCAAGCAAUAUCCCAGAAUUUCCUUCAGUCAACCAGCUUCAUUUGUUCUACUGGUCUGCCAAGCUCUCACCGGCCAAACAUCGCUCUUCUUGGCGCUACUCUCGUUAACACUUUACUGUUCAAUGAAGUGCACUGUUGAUGUCAGUGGGUAUUUGUUCAAUGCCCCCUCUGCUGUAGCUUUCCUGCAUCAUCUGUCAAUCACUGCUCUCACCCAAUCAGGAGAAGCGGGUGGGUUGGGCUUAAUUCGUUUUGAUUUAUUUGUUUUAAAGAAGAGGAUGCAAUGUCAGUGAAGAAGGAUUCAACAUUCAUAACUACGCCAGAGAUGCUGUGAAAUAUUUCUGCUCUGAUAGAGAACGAUCUCCUGAUAACCUUGGGAAAAGAUUUUUUAAUGGUUUGAACUCAAUCCUUUUGGUCUGCAGCUUCGUUAAAUGUGAAAAGAUUAAUAAUGAGUUUAUUCAAGAAAAAAAAAAAAAACUAAUGUGAACUGUGAAAUGUGAAGUUUAAAGUCAACAUGAAAUCAAACUUGGACAUAUUUACUUUUGUAAACGAUUCAUCGGUGCAUGUUUUUUCUCAAAAGAAACAAAAUGUUUGUCUUUGUAAUCAAAAUAUAAAAAUUCCUCUAAAAAUCCUGAAACAACUCUAAUCCAAAAUCCAUCUUAUUUUUCAACCCUCAAUCAAAUCUCUAGCCCAUUUUUUUGGAUAUCUUCCCAAGUUGCGCUUAUUACAGAAGUAAAAUGGUUUGCGAAUGCCAUUUCAUGUUGACUUUAAGCAGGAUCCUCUGCACAAAGACCUGUUGUUCUGUGUUUGUUUUGUCUCAUCGACCUCCUCCAUGUUUUUGGUCGUUCCUAGCUAUCCCCCUGCCAAAUACAGUCACAGUAUGUGCCAAAAACAAGGCUGGCAGGGUGUGUGACUUGCUGUUUGACAGCAAAGCAGCGAACAAGAGUCUAUCAGUGUAACCGACACUGUAAUUAGUGUAAGAAUGAGCUAAAAAAAAAAGACAGACAAAGAAAAAAUGACUCAGCCAAUAGUAGUGUAAAUAGUGUAUAAGGCAUUAUUUAACAUUGUUGUAUUUUUAUUGUGAAAUAACCGAAGAUUUUGGUGAAGAAAUGCUAUUGUCUUAAGGCCAAUUCACACGUAUCGACAGACCAGAUUACAGCAUGUUCAAUCGGCGAAAACAAGCUCUGACAGACGGCAACAGACUUUGACAGGGAUCCGACAAAACCAGACGAAGUGUCUGUCGGCGUCUAUUGGUGCGGUGUGAAUUGGCCUUUACAGGGUCAGGGUGUUUUGUGCGACUACAGGCUUCACUAUGGCGGCUUGAAGUGUACUACGGUACCAAACCUCCCCUCCCCAACAAGCACUCAACCUGCACUGACAGCCACUGUGUAACAAAUGAUUUAAUGAGUCUGUGGAUUCAUUAAAUGAAUGCGUGUGUGUGUGUGUGUGCGUGCAUGUGUGCGCGAAUUGCAUCCUUGAGCAAAUUAAAGUUGCCCAUUUCUUUAGUUUUUUCCCAUUUCGCUAUAAAGAAAACCUCUAUGUUUGUUGCAUUUACAGACAAAUCUGUAUAAAUUAGCUAUAUCAUAGAUAAAAUCUAUAUUGAACUUGGUGGGGUACACCGGAAAUGUCACAGAGCUAUAUAUAGAGUAUUAUCGUAUCUGAUUGUAUUGCCAAACUUUGAUUUCACUCGUGCCAUAUGAAUGAAAAUGUGAAGUUGUCAAUAGAAACAAAUAUUGAUAACAUUGCCACUUUAAACACUAAUGCUGCAUUCACUUUAUUAGUUACUGACUAAUUUCUUUAACAAAUUAUAUUAUAUGAAGGAUCCAACAUAUUCAUAUAAAACAUCCAAAAUGGCAGUGGCUUCAACAUUUUGAGAUGUCAUUUUGUGAUACUGUGCUGUUGCGAGAAGUGAAUUUAUGUGAUUUUGAAGAAGUAGAUUGCUGUCAUUAUCAACAAAGCCACACAUGGAUCCAUUUUAGCAUUAUGGGCUUUGCAAUAGUAGCAAAUCAUUUCUGAGUCCAUAAACAGCUCAGAAUCGUUGUCGUUUGGCAAUUACAGUAAUUCUGACGCGACAUGAACGCAGCAUUAGAUUGAGCUGUUAUCACACUAGUAAAAGCAUGAUGGUUCAAAAAACAACCAUAAAUCUGAACUCUAUGCAGUGUGACUGUAAUGUAUUUGCCAAAUCACAAAAUGAGAUGCAAAAUUAAUCAGAGAUGAUCCUCGGUCUUCAUUUUGACCAGAGAAAAGUAGAGUUUAGAUCAGAAAGUGUAUUUUUAAGAGCAUAAUAUAUGUGAAAUUGGGAAAUCAUGAAUUCAUUGCAUUAUUUAUUUUUGUAGAGAUAUAGGCUUUUAUAGUCUUUUUUUACAGAAAUGCCAACAGAUGUGUAUGUAUGUAUGUAUGUAUAUAUAUAUAUAUAUAUAUAUAUAUAUAUAUAUAUAUAUAUAUAUAUAUAUAUAUAUAUACACACACACACACAUAUAAUUAAAAGAAAGUAUAUACAGUAGUUUACAAAGAUAUUACAGAUUCUUUUAUGUUUAAACAUGGGAAAACCUCUCAUAAGAUAUGAAUGAUGCUGCUAGUGUAUGAAUAUAUAUGGAUUGUUCGUGUACAUAGAGCAAAAGAAUAAAUAUUUAAAGGUAUAUUUACGAGGGGAGGGGUUGACGCCGAGUUUGCAUACCAGUCCUGGCGUUUGCAUCGAAAACGACUUCAGCCUUAUAUAAUCAGCUUUAUCAUGUUUUGUUUCUUUUAUAAUUCCUCAUUUCGUUGAACAGUGGUAAUUUCAAGUGAAAACAACAUUCACUGAAUCUGAACAAAACGCAAAAUGUGCAUCGAAACGCCACGUUUUUAACGAAGUACUGCCUGCGUAGACUGAGCCUCUGAUGACGUUUCGACAAUUAGUUUAGAUGUUUUUGACGAACACUUAUGAUAUGCUUCGUUUUUCUCCUGUUUGCAUGGUGUUUGUCGGAAAAAUGUGUUUUAAUUUUCGUAAUGUGAAAACAGCAGUUCCUGGAAAAAUGUCAAGCGGUGUUGCCAAGUCUGCGUUUUUUUUCUUGUGCAAUUGGGCUACUUUAACACUGUUGCUGCGGGUUGUUUUUCAUGUCCGUGGGUUGAAGCGACCCCAAAUAACGAUAUUUAGCCACUGGAAUGCAAAUUUUACCAGGGGAACCCACCAAAAUGCGGAUUUUACCCCCCAGAAACGCGAUUGGGCUAGUUUUGGGCUAGUUUUGAGUAGAAAUUGGGCGGGGUUUUUUGUGAAAACCUGGCAACCCUGAUGUCAUGGCGGCUUUUUCAAAUUGUUGCCACGACUCAACAGUGACUCUGUGUAUAUCCAGGCAAUGUGUACACUUAAAUUAGCAGGAUACUUGCAAGAUGUUUUUGGCUUUGUAUAUAAAAUCGCUCUUGAGACACUGUAGCUACAGGGUCGUCGUUCCCUGUUGUGUUUAUUAGGACGCUUUUAGUACACGCCGAAAAAAAAAUGGUCUACAAACUUUUUUGUUUUCAGCGGUAACGUGCAAUAUUUAUUUUGACAGGAAAUGGUAUGUAUGGCGUAUUUUUAGUUGCUAGUUCGCUCAUGAGUCUGCUUCUCGUAGAAUAGUCGUGAACCACGUAGUUCAUCGGCGCUUCGUAUGCUAGAGUGUGCGUCACAUCUGUUCUAUGGUGGCUGAGAUAGAAAUGCACUUUAUACAAAGUUAACAUUAUUUACGUCCAUGGUGACAGUGACGAUUGAGUUGGCAGAAUCAUGAGCAUGCCAGAUCCAUUUCAGCGCUGAUGCCUCUAGUGGCGAGAGUGUGUAUCGCAGAUCGCUGCAGUAACAUACUACCUGAACCUACUGAUUUUAUUAUGCUGUAAAAAUAAAUAAAAAAACAUGUGUGUUUGCUGUUUA